AUGCUUGGACCUCUUGUUAUCCAACUUUGCGCUUUUGGUCACACGCAGAUCAAGUUGCUGGUGGCGCAAAACAACGGCUGGAAGGUGCCCAAGAACGUUCCCGAGGGUGGCUGGACUGACGAGUUGGAGAAGAAACGCAAAGCCGAUCAGGCCGCCAUCGACAAGGCUAUCCCCUUGACGGAUGCUGAGCAGAAAAAGAAGGAGGACAUGUUGGCCAAGGGGUUUGCCGACUGGAACCGCCGGGACUUUCAGCAGUUUGUGCGGGCCAACGAGCGCUGGGGUCGCAAGGCGAUGGACAAGAUCUGCAAAGAAGUGGAAAGCAAGCAGCCAGAGGAGGUGGAGGCAUAUGCCCAGGUGUUUUGGAAGCGAUGGAAGGAGCUUGACAACUGGUCCUCCAUCAAAGCUCAAAUCGAGCGGGGCGAGCACAAGAUCAAUCGGCGCAUCGAAGUGCAGAGCGCUUCGGGCAAGAAGGUCAAGUCAACGCCACACCCAUUCCAUCGCCUUACCAUCAAUUAUGGCGGCAAUCGCGGCAAAAACUAUACGGAGGAGGAAGACCGCUACAUUAUUUGCUUUUUGCAGCGCCUGGGUUACGAUCACGACCACGUGUAUGAUGAGCUUCGACGCCAGAUUCGCAACGAGCCGCUGUUUCGUUUCGACUGGUUUAUCAAGUCACGCACAAGCGUAGAACUUCAGCGCCGGGCAACGACGCUCAUUAACCUGGAGAAGGAGAUGAAGCCAGAUAGCAAGAGCAAGGGCAAGGGCAAGAACAGGGAGGAGGAUGAGGAGGAGGAAGAGCCGCCCACGAAGCGAAGCAAGAGCCAAUCGGGUAACAGCAAGAAGGCUUCUUCAAAGGGCUCUUCCCAGGCCGCCUCGCCGAAGCCCAAGUCUGGUGAAUCUUCCAAGUCCAAGGCCGGCAAAGGUGGCAGCAGCAAGAAGAAGGGCAAAAAGUAG